GCCAGCCUUAUCCAGAUCUCCUCCCCCAGGCCUGGUCCCCUCACAGGACGCCCCCUCCCCGCUCUUCCUGCCGGGUUUCCUCUGGCCUUUUCCUGUCCCCCACCCAGUGCUGGGAGGUGGGGCAGAGGCAAGGGCCGAAGCCCAGUUGUGGGAUCCUCAACCACCCAGGCCAUCGGAGCCAGGGCUCCCGAGUGCUGCCGGGACCCGAAAGAGGGGCAAUGUUAUCUGGGGAACGGAAGGAGGGCGGAAGCCCACGCUUCGGGAAGCUCCAUCUCCCAGUGGGCCUGUGGAUCAAUUCCCCCAGGAAGCAGCUUGCCAAGCUGGGGCGACGCUGGCCCAGCGCUGCCUCUGUCAAGUCUUCAUCUUCGGACACGGGGAGCCGCAGCAGCGAGCCCUUGCCCCCGCCGCCGCCGCACGUGGAGCUGCGGCGAGUGGGCGCGGUCAAGGCGGCCGGGGGAGCCUCUGGUAGCCGCGCCAAGCGCAUCUCACAGCUCUUCCGAGGCUCGGGUACCGGGGCCAUGGGAUCCGGUGGCGCGGGCGGCCCGGGGACUCCAGGGGGCGCGCAGCGCUGGGCCAGUGAAAAGAAGCUGCCGGAGUUGGCAGCUGGCUUGGCUCCCGAACCGGCUCUGGCUGUCCGUGCCACGGCGCCCCCCGGGGUCCUCAAGAUCUUCGGCGCCGGGCUGGCGUCGGGCGCCAACUACAAGAGCGUGCUGGCCACUGCUCGCUCCACGGCGCGUGAGCUCGUGGCCGAGGCGCUGGAGCGCUACGGGCUGGCCAGCAGCCCUAGCGGUGGCCCAGGCGAGAGCAGCUGCGUAGACGCCUUCGCACUCUGUGACGCGCUCGGUCGGCAGGCGGCAGGCAGUGGCGGCGAGUGGAGGGCAGAGCACCUGAGAGUGCUGGGCGAUGCCGAGCGCCCACUGCUGGUGCAGGAGCUGUGGCGGGCGCGACCCGGCUGGGUGCGGCGCUUUGAGCUGCGCGGUCGCGAGGAGGCGCGCCGCCUGGAGCUGGAAGUCUUUGGAGCUGCGGAUAACGAUGGCACGAGCGUCCCCUCGUGGCGGCCACAGAAGAACCGUUCUCGGGCGGCAUCAGGUGGGGCGGCCCUGGCCAGUCCUGGCCCAAGUUCAGGAUCAGUUACCCCGGCAGGGUCCGGGGGCAAGGAGCGCUCAGAAAACCUCUCCUUGAGGCGCAGCGUGUCGGAGCUCAGCUUACAAGGUCGCAGGCGGCGGCAGCAGGAACGUAGACAACAAGCACUGAGUAUGGCCCCAGGAGCAGCUGACGCCCAAAUUGGACCAGUGGACCCCAGCGACUACGACCAGUUGACCCAGUGCCUCAUUCAGGCCCCCAGCAACCGCCCCUACUUCCUGCUGCUCCAGGGUUACCAGGACGCCCAGGACUUCGUGGUAUAUGUGAUGACACGGGAGCAGCACGUGUUUGGCCGCGGUGGGAACUCAUCAGUCCGCGGCGGGAACCCAGCGCUAUAUGUGGACACCUUCCUCACCGCCCCGGACAUCUUGCCGCGUCACUGCACGGUGCGCGCGGGCCCUGAGCCACCAGCCACAGUGCGCCCAUCCCGGGGCGCCCCUGUUACGCACAACGGGUGCCUCCUGUUGAGGGAGGCCGAGCUGCACCCAGGCGACUUGCUAGGUCUGGGCGACCACUUCCUAUUCAUGUACAAAGACCCCCGCGCUGGGGGCUCGGGGCUGGCGCGGCCGCCCUGGUUGCCUGCACGUCCGGGGGCUGCGCCUCCAGGCCCGGGCUGGGCCUUCUCGUGCCGCCUGUGCGGUCGCGGCCUGCAGGAGCGCGGUGAGGCCCUGGCGGCCUACUUGGAUGGCCGCGAUCCCGUGCUGCGCUUCCGACCGCGCGAGGAGGAGGCGCUGCUGGGCGAGAUUGUGCGAGCCGCAGCCGCCGGCGCGGGAGACCUGCCACCACUCGGGCCAGCCACAUUGCUCGCGCUGUGCGUACAGCACUCGGCCCGAGAACUGGAGCUGGGCCACCUACCGCGCCUGCUGGGCCGCCUGGCACGUUUCAUCAAGGAGGCUGUUUGGGAAAAGAUAAAGGAAAUUGGAGACCGGCAGCCAGAGAACCACCCUGAGGGGGUUCCUGAGGUGCCCCUGACCCCAGAAGCUGUGUCUGUGGAGCUGCGGCCGCUUAUGUUAUGGAUGGCCAACACCACAGAGUUGCUGAGUUUUGUGCAGGAAAAGGUGCUGGAGAUGGAGAAGGAGGCUGACCAGGAGGACCCACAGCUCUGCAAUGACUUGGAAUUAUGUGACGAGGCCAUGGCCCUCAUGGAUGAAGUCAUCAUGUGUACCUUCCAGCAGUCUGUCUACUACCUCACCAAGACCCUGUAUUCAACAUUGCCUGCACUCCUGGACAGUAACCCCUUCACGGCUGGAGCAGAGCUGCCAGGGCCUGGGGCUGAACUGGGGGCCAUGCCUCCAGGGCUGAGACCCACCCUGGGUGUGUUCCAGGCAGCCUUAGAACUAACCAGCCAGUGUGAGCUGCACCCAGACCUUGUGUCUCAGACUUUUGGCUACUUGUUCUUCUUCUCCAAUGCAUCUCUUCUCAACUCACUGAUGGAACGAGGUCAAGGCCGACCUUUUUAUCAGUGGUCCCGAGCUGUCCAGAUUAGAACCAACCUGGAUCUUGUCCUAGACUGGCUACAAGGGGCUGGGCUCGGUGAUAUCGCCACUGAGUUCUUCCGGAAACUCUCGAUGGCUGUGAACUUGCUCUGCGUACCCCGCACCUCUCUGCUCAAGGCUUCAUGGAGCAGCCUCCGAACUGACCAUCCCACCCUGACCCCUGCUCAGCUCCAUCACCUGCUCAGCCACUACCAGCUGGGUCCUGGACGUGGGCCACCAUCCUCCUGGGACCCUCUCCCUGCAGAGAGAGAUGCUGUGGACACAGGGGACAUCUUCGAAAGCUUCUCCUCCCAUCCUCCACUUAUUCUGCCCCUGGGCAGUUCGCGCCUACGUCUCACAGGUCCUGUGAUUGAUGACGCCCUGCACCGUGAACUGCGCAGGCUCCGCCGCCUCCUCUGGGACCUUGAGCAGCAGGAGCUGCCGGCCAAUCACCGACACGGACCUCCCGUGGCCACACCUCCUUGAAGACCAAUAACAAGCAAGCGCGGGAACCCUAAAAAAAUUCAUCGGCUCCUACUCACUGGAGCCCGUCUGAGAGCAGAGCUUUCUGGGAGUUGUGGUUCUAUCCUCCGUAUGGCAUGCUGGGAAUUUGAGUUUUGGGGGAGCCGAUGAUGGGACUAUGUGAAAAUACGGGCUUGGAAUAUUUUGAGUACAAAGGAGUAAAUAAAGGUAUCUGUGGCAUUGGCAA